UUCUUUUGGUCACUUAAUCACACAAAUUCACCCAUACAAAAUACCAAAAAAAAAAAAAACUGAUCAUGCAUGUGUCUUCCGAAACGUGCCCCGCCAAAUGGAUAAAACAAAGGUCUAAUAGAUUUUUUCAUUAGAUCCACUCUCAAGAAGAUCCAAAUUCUUAUUACUUUUUUAGCUUCCAUAUGUCUCGGACAUAUAUAUCGAAGAAGAACCCAAAACACGGCUACCGAAAUAAACGCGAGGAAGGUGGCAAUUGUGGCACACGCAUUCGCUAUAGUCGCAAGUCGCAACGAUGAUGGUGCUUCAUUGUUGCCAUCAAGAACCACAACGAGUUAAACAUCCCAAAACGCGGUUUGCAUCCAUGGAAUGGGACAUGUCUACGUACGGUCUCUAUAUUUGUGUUCUUGAUGUUGGAAAUUCGGCUUUUGGUGUCGUUGAAAGGCUUACUUCCAUGGAAAAUUCAUCAGGAGACUUACAUAAAAUAAAAUAAAUAUAAAAGUCUUAUAAUAGUAUGAAAAAUAUAUUAAUCACCUAAAAUAAAUGACCGUUAGGCUUGUGUAUUACUUUGAGUUCAACAAAUUAAGUCGUCGGUCUUAAAUCUGUGACUCUUAGCCUGAGGUGGGAUUGGUCUCAUGUAGAUUGAAUUUUUUGAGCCUGUAAUAGUUCCACUGACAUUUUCCGUAAAUUCUCCAUUCGUUGACUCGUUGGCACGACGUCCGUGCUACUGCAGGGGUUAUAGUAGUUGACUUUCAUUAAGACUCGGGUUCUUCUUCUUGCUUUUGGUUCCAAAUUUAUCGAACAAUCGAAGAAGAUAAACACAUGGCCGUCAAAAUAAACGCAAGGAUGGUAGCGUUUGUGGCACACACGCUCGCCUUAGUCGCAUCGGUGAUGGUUCUUUAUUGGUCAAUCAGUUAUAGAGGUGGAUUUGCAUGGGAGUCUACGAACAAGAACCUCAUCUUUAAUCUUCAUCCUGUUUUGAUGCUCAUCGGCUUAAUAAUUCUGGGGGGCGAAGCAAUUAUAAGUUACAAAUGGCUUCGAAUUGAGAAACAAAAGAAGAAAAAGAUCCACCUUGUCCUCCACGCCAUUGCUCUGAUUCUUGGAAUCUGCGGGAUAUGUGCUGCUUUCAAGAACCAUAACGAGUCACACAUCCCAAAUCUCUAUAGCCUCCAUUCUUGGAUUGGUAUUGGAGUCAUUGUUUUUUAUGCCUUUCAGUGGCAUUAUAGCUUUAUAAUCUUCUUCUUCCCUAGAGGAUCAUCAACUCUAAGAAGCAACUUGCUUCCAUGGCACGCGUUUCUUGGGCUCUUUGUUUAUAUUCUUGCUGUUGGAAACUCGGCUUUAGGGUUUCUUGAGAAGCUCACUUUCAUGGAAAAUUCAGGGCUUGACAAAUAUGGAUCAGAAGCGUUUCUUGUCAAUUUCAUGGCUAUUGUCACAAUUCUCUUUGGUACUUUUGUGAUACUCACUGUUUCUGCCAAGCCUGCUCCUUCCUCUAAUGAAUAUAACUAUAGUUACUCAGCUAUCUGACCUCUUCAAACUUCUUCCCUUCCAACAAGUCUCUACUUCCAUAAUUUGUUUAUU